AUGAUCAAAUUCUUUUUGUUGGCGAAUAGACAAGGUCAAAUUAGAUUAUCACAAUACUAUGAGAAUAUACCUUUCGAACAAAGACCUGCUAUCGAAGCUGAAAUCAUAAGAAAAUGUGUCUCUAGAAAUGCAUCUCAGUGUUCAUAUAUAGAAUAUCAUUCAUAUAAAGUAAUCUAUAGAAAGUAUUCUUCUCUCUAUUUCAUUGUUGGUGUUGAUAAUUCAGAGAAUGAAUUAGCUAUUUUAGAAUUAAUUCAUAACUAUGUAGAGAUUUUAGAUACUUCAUUUGAACAAGUCGUAUAUAAAGCACAUUUUAUUUUAGAUGAAAUGAUAUCAAAUGGAAAUAUUGUUGAGAUUUCAAAGAAUGCUAUUUUAGAUUAUGUAAACCUAAUGACUUUAACAGAUAGAUAG